UACCAAUAGUCUGUUUCGUCAUAAGAUCUUGAAAUAAGCAAUAACCAAGAAAAAAGGAGACACAACAAUGAAGAUCACAAGUGAGUUUACUGACCGAAAUCAAAUUAAACGAGAAAUGUGGUAAAUUUAAAACUGAUGACAAAGAAAUUGAUUCAGUAAGAUGAACAGUUCUUGAUCCUAAAACAGGAGUGGAGGUUCCAUCAGCUAUAGUGACAUUAGGUGAAGAGGUAGAUGUACAAAGGUUAGAGAAUAAAUUGGGGUUACCUGUCAUAUGGUCUGUAGCGCCAGAGUCAAUGACCCAUUUUGACGUGGAGGAAAGAAGACAUUUAGAAAUGUUACCUGUCUCUGCGAUGGCCGUAAUGGGAGUAGAAGAUGAUGCCCUCGAUGACUCUUGAUACUGCUGAAAUUUAGCAAACUCCUCUGCAGAAAUCGUAAUUGACUUGUCAAGAUUAUCAGGAGUAGAGGCGACAUGUGCAAAGGGUGAUGACAUUCUCUGACCCUUAUUCAACAAUUUUCUGCAUUCAUGCUUCGUAUGGCCAGAUUUAUGACAAUAAUAGCAAACAAUACCUCCUGGAUUUGAUCUUUGGUUAUUUGGAUGACCUUUGAAGCUAUUUGAUUCAACCCCCUUAUUACCUCUAUAAUCAUUUGUGCGCCCAAUCAAAGCAUUGCUAGAAUCAGAUGAUGUAACUGCUUGUGUCUUUUUAGUACGAAGUAUUCGAGUGUAAGCUUCUUCCAACGAGUAGAUAUUUGAGCUUGACAACACUUUAUCUUUGUCCAUCUCAUAUUUAGGUGCAAGACCUACUAAAAAACUCAUGAUAAACAACUUUUCACAUUGAGCCAUUAGAACUUUUGGAUCCGUGCUGAUUGGCAUUAAGGCAUUGAAUUUCGCGCAUGUAUUUUUAACCUCCAUAAAGUAGCUUGUAAGAGAUUUUUCUCCUUGAUGAGGUUGAUAUAGUGUUACAAACAUCAAACACUCUAUUAAUAUUUUCUUUCCCUGAAUAAAGGAAAUCCAGAUAUUUCAAUAGUCCCUUGACUGAUUCGCAGUGAUUUACUAGUUCAACAAUUUCACGGUCAAUAGUAGAAGCAUCCUUGAAUCGUCUCACCACCAAAUCUUCUUAUUAGCAUCAAUCGGUGGCUCUUCUGUGAUGUGAUCAUCCAUCUCCAUGCUCCUAAUAAAGUGGCGGACAUUUGAUCUCCAUGAAUAGUAGUUGGAUCCAUUCAACUUGUGUUCAGUUACUUUUGACACCAUAGGAACAAUCUCAGACAUGACUACUGGUUUCUUAUCAGCCAUUAUCUCAAAAACAAUAGACACUGGACAACAGAGAUUCAAACCCUAAUUUACCGAAGAGAUGUCUUUACAAGCAGUGAGAAUAUCUAUAUAUCCCAAAACACACCACCAAGAAGAGUCAACCACACUGAAGAAAUCCACAGAAAAUGAACAAAAAAAGGACGGCACACGCGCCUACACGUGCCGGCGCGUGGAUGGACGGCAAAGAAGAAUAGUAGGCGCGUGAGCCUCAUGCGUUGGUCAGAUGGCAAUCGGACCUUGAGGUUUUUUAGAUCGGCAGUUGGGCUCCUCUUUGGACUGGGCGGUGUAAAAAAACAAUUUUUUUUUUUUUUUUUGGGUGGUGGCGGCUAACGACGGCGACUGUGAGCAAAAGUGUAAACUCACCUCUCCACAAAACCCUAAACGUAUCACAAAUGGGUUCUAAAUUCUGAUACCAUGUAAAACUCUUAGGUUUGAGAAAGAAUCAUAAUGCUCUAUUCAUUCACCAAAGAUAUGAAUAUAUACAAGUGUACAAAGCAUAGAAAAGGAAAAUAUCACAAAAUAUUUACAAGAAUGGAAAAUCCUAAUUAUAGAAUUAUAACAAAAAGGAAACGAGCCUCUUUAUUAAUAAGGUGAAAAGAGACUAAUGCUCAAAAUACAAGAGGGUUAUACAAAGAGCAAGAGAGCCUAAGGAUCAGGAUUCACAUUCGGGCAUCUCAACUAGGUUGACACCCCAUUAAUGCCCUCAUCAUAUCCAUACAAAACUAACAUAAUGAUAAAAAGCAAAGGACAACCAAGGUCCCAAGACAAUUCACUAACCGAUACACAUUGAUACAAAGGAAGACUAGGCCAGAUAAUAUAAGAUUGAGAUAAAAACUACUAAAAAACUGGGAAGAUGAAGGCCUGCCAAUUUAAACAUAAUUCCUGUAUGGAGAAAUCUUCGAAAGUCUUGCAUAAAGUGCAUUAGGAUGAAGCAUUUCUUCGUGCUAAUUCAAACUGAUCCACCCAACCUACUUCUUUAUUGUGGAAUACUCUUUGGUUUCUUUCAAACCACAAUUAUGCAAGUAAAGCCUUCGCCGUAUUAACCCCCUAGGGCGCUUCUUAAGUGAAGGGCCUAUUAAAAUUUGCUGAACAUUACUUCUAAAAUUAUCUCUAAACAUCCCAGCAAUAUUAAAAAAUGGAGAAAAAUUUCCACCACCAUGUUGCUGAAUAUGAACUUUUGAUGGCAUUAAAGUUGCGACUUAGCAGGAGGCCGUGAAACUCGGUGGCCGGAAAGGGCAAGCUGCUGCUACUGCUGCUGCUGCUUCUUCUUCUUCAGAUUUCUGAUAGGUUGAAGGAAGUAGGAAAUGUUUCUCAAAGUGCAGUUACCAUGGAAUGUCAUAAUUCCUGCUGAAAACUUGGACGCAAAAGGCUUGAUGCUCCAAAGGUCUAUUAUAAUUCGUCUACUGGACGAAUUUGCCACAAAAAAGGCCACCAAGGAUCUCGGCUAUUUCCUCGCAGUUACAACUCUUGAAAAUAUAGGAGAAGGGAAAGUUCGUCAGACAGGUGAUGUCUUGUUUCCAGUUAUUUUUAGUGGUAUCACCUUCAAACUUUAUAGGGGAGAGAUCUUGGAAGGAGUUGUUCACAAGGUUCUCAAGCACGGUGCUUUCUUGAGAUGUGGCCCUGUUGAGAGCAUAUAUCUCUCUUACCUGAAAAUGCCAGAUUACCGCUAUGUGCCGGGUGAGAAUCCUGUGCUCUCAAAAAUUGGGAAAGAUGUAGUAGUAUGUUUUAUUGUCAUUGGAACAAAGUGGCUUGAGGCCGAAAGGGAGUUUCAGGCACUGGUAAGUUUGGAGGGUGAUUAUUUAGGGCCUGUUUCUUAAUGAAUUUCUGGCACUGUACUGUUAAGUUUGUACUGUGUAUAUAUAAACAAAAUCAAGUCAUCUUCAGGAUGGAUCAAUGUGUAGGUGACAUUAUUAAGUGAAGCUAAAUGUUUGUAGGAAGUUUCUUGGACGAUGGAUGGUAGGCCUGUAAUGCAAUUUGCUAUCAUGUUAUUUUCUUCAUCUUUGUUGAGCUUUUAGGACUUGAUUAUAUUGUUUAGACGGAUAUUGAAUAUCUAUGUUUGUUUUACUGAAUAUGAACUUUUGAAAAAUAGGUUAUGCAAAUCUUCACCAUCCUUUUUAAACAAAGGGCAAAUAGAAGAUAACAAAUGAACCGAAGGGAACUUUCUUUGCAUGACCGAGGAACAAUUUAGAAGGCCAAAAAUCAUUAUCCACACUUGAAUAUUUACUUUCCUCGGACUUUUAGUCUUCCAUAAAGCCUUAUAUAGACAUUUGUCCAAAGGGGAUGAAGGGGAGAGAUGAGUAGUGAGAGAUUUAACUGAAAAAUUACCGAAAGCUUCUAGGAACCAUGUUCUCGUAUAAGAAUUUUCCGAAAUUCUUGUGCCUGAAAUUAGAGUUAACAAGUUGUGAAACUCUAUUAUCUCGUCAUCUUUAAGCAAUCGACAGGAUACAAUAGACCAAGAAGUCAGCAUAUGAUCCCAAUGAGAUGCUUUGGAUCCCUUUGGUAACAAAGCAAUCCUAAAAAGUCCAAGAUACCGAAUAUUUAGAGGGAGUGCAUCUACCCAUAGGUCGGUCCAAAAAGCAAUUCGAGUACCAUUGUCAAGUUUGAAAGGAGCCAAAGCUUCUACUUUCAACCAAAUUAUCGAAAUGCAAAUCCAAGGGCUUCUCAAGCUAUUCCCCACCUUUCCAGCCGUGUGCCAAUAAUGAAGUCUUUUCCAUGAAUGCUACUAACCACUUGCCUCUAUAAGGAAUUUUCUUCCUCCAUAUAUCGCCAACCCCAUUUAGCUAGUAAAGCCAUAUUUCUAUUUUUGAGACCUCCAAAUCGAGACCUCCAUCAAUUAAGGAACGUGUAACAAUGACAAUGUCCCAUUUCACCAAAUAGUUUGUUUUGCUUCCCUUAUGCCCUUCCCAAAAGAAAUUUCGCAUAAUUCUUUCUAAUGAGAGAAUCACUUUAUCGGGCAUUGCAAAUAAGGACAAAUAAUAAGUUGGAAGAUAGGAAUAACCAUUACAACUGAGGAAGAAAAGGAAAAGGACUAAUAUCAAAUAUUCACAAUCGUUUUUCUUGGGACGCGACAUAUGAAAUUAUGAUGUACAAUUAAUGAGCAUUCUUAAAAUUUGGGUUAUUGAAGGUUCUUUUUUAUUUUUUGAUUUUUUUAACGUACAAUCUAUUUGAUAGUAUGAGGUUCAAUCUCAAAACCAAUUGGCAACGGGAGGGAGUAUCUCAUCUAUCUUAUAAAGAGUGUGAGGUCUUUUAGUUUUUCCAACGUGGAAUUCUCAACCUGCCCCCUCAAGAUGGUGCCUCUUUUGGGUUCACCAUUCUUGAUUGGAUCUCAAUUUCUUUUUUAUUGGAUCGAAUAUCCGUUUGGGCUUUAUGGGCUCUGAUUCCAUAUUUGAUAGUGUGAGGUUCCAUCUCAAAGUCAAUUGGAAACUGGAGGAGUAUCCCAUCUAUCUUAUAAAAAGUGUGAAGUCCCUUGGUUUUUCCAAUGUGUGGGAUUCUCAACACAACCGUUCAAACAAUGCCUUCCUUUUAUCUAUCUUAUUUUAUUUUUGAAAAGGAAACAUAACUUUUCAUUGAUAAAUUGAAAAGAGAUUAAUGCUCAAGGAUACAAUAACCUUUAAGAGGAAUGAGAAUGCGCAAAAAUAAAAUGAGAAGAAAUACUAAUGAGAUACAAAGAGGAUAAGACAACAAAAAAACACACACUUAUUCCUAACAAACCAGCUCCAAAAAGGAAAACAAAACAAGAGAGCACAUAAACUAUAGCCAAAGUCGAUAACAAUCCAAUGGGCAGAUGAGGAAAGAAGUCCAAAAAGGCUGGAAGUGCGAGAAUCAAACCACAGUUCAAACUAACUUCUAAACUGCCACUUCCAAGAUUACAACUACCAAGAGAAAUCCUUUUAUCUAUUUAAAAAAUUAAACUAUAGAUUAACUUCUUCUGAAAUUCCAUCUUUAUUUUUUUGAAAAGAAAACAAAACUUUUCAUUGAUAAAAUGAAAAGAGAGUAAUGCUAAAAAGUACAAUAUUCCGAAAGAGAAAUAAGAAGAAAAUAACAAGGAGAGUAUAUAUAAGAAACGAUUCCAACUGAAAGUGAGAUUAUCAUUCUUCUUCCAAUUCUCCCUUUCACCACACUUUGUCUUGUUCAAGCUUCAAUUUCUUUUUAUUCUGAGGUUAUAGCUUCUAUAAUUGAUUCUUGAGCUCGCUUAGAUUGAAUAAGAACUUGAUUGCUAUUGUCAAAGCUGCAUCAUUGUUUCUACCAAACUGUGAUUCCCCAUUUACGACCUCGAUACCUCCGUCAACCA